AUGGCCAAGUAUGAUCUUACUAAGACGAUAAGUCGGUAUCUAGACCGACACCUUGUAGUCCCUCUGCUCGAGUAUCUUUCAGUCAAAUCGAUAUACGAUGGUGACUCUAUUUUGCGAAGUAAACUUGACCUCUUAAUGGAAACCUCAAUGGUGGACUUUACUUGUCUCACAUACAAACUACUUCACAAUGUUGAUGAUGUACCAGAGGAAUUAAUUAAAAAGCGUCAAGAUACCCUUGAUCUUAUUAGAGUUAUGGAAGAAAAGAUGGCACCAAUCGACAAGAUUUUCAGUACUGAAACUAUGAAGGAAAUGGUGCAAUGCAAGGUAGCUAAAGAACUCUUUCAAAAUCUGGAGGCCAAAUAUGGGUUUAAACCAGACAUGCUUGACGACAUGUUCGAGGCCGCUAGGGUAUGCUCCCCUCUGCUGGUUUUACUUCAUCACUUGUUUGUGUGUGUUCAUUCAUGGAGGUUUGAUUCAUUUGAGCUUACGUUUAGUUGGCAAACGUGGUAUGUCUUCUAUGACAGUGGCCUUUAUGAUACGGCUUCUGAUUACCUUCGUAUCAUUCGUCAACUUGUAAGUUCAACAGAUAAGAGGCAUCUUCAUGCCUGCUGGGGACGUUUGGCGGCAGAAAUACUAGUUCAAAACUGGGACGAAGCACUAGAUGAUGUUGAGAAGCUGAAGGAUGCUAUUGACUGUCAGAGUGACGACAGGCUUCAGCAACGGACGUGGCUCCUGCAUUGGUCACUCUUCGUUUUCUUCAACCAUGUUCAAGGAAAAGAAAAGUUAAUAGAUUUCUUCCUAAAUAACCCAAAUCACCUGAAUGCUAUUCAAACAUUGACACCACAUCUUCUUCGCUAUCUGGCCGUCUGUGUGGUGGUGAGCAACGACAAGAGGAAAAAGAAUCAGCUGCGUGAAGUCGUUCAUCUGAUUCAGCAGGAAUCAUACUGUUAUAAAGAUCCCAUAACUGAGUUCUUGGAGUGUCUCUACGUCAAGUUCGAUUUCGACGGGGCUCAGCAGCAGUUGAAAAUCUGCGAGACUGUCAUUCCAAACGACUUUUUCCUAACGGGCUGCUACGAAGAUUUCAUGGAAAAUGGUCGGUUGUUGAUGUUUGAGACCUUCUGUCGCAUCCAUAACUGCGUCGGAAUCAAAAUGUUGGCUGAAAAGCUGAAUAUGAAUGUUGACGACGCCGAGAGCUGGAUUGUCAACUUGAUCCGAAACGCUGAAAUGGACGCAAAGAUCGAUUCAAAAAAAGGUCUUGUGUUUAUGGGAACACACACAGUAUCGCCUUACCAACAGGUAGUUGAGAAAACCAUAAAUGGUGCCUUCACUGCCCACAAACUGCUUGACAGACUAAAGAGCUCAAAAUUGGAUGCUGAAGCUUGGAACGCCACGUCCCGGGCCUGA